AUGGAUGAUUUGAUUCAGAUGUCGAAAAUCAACAAUCUUGAGUAUGCUGCCCUCAAUCUCUCCGAAGACAAUUACCUUCAAUGGGCACUUGACACCAAGAUCAUCUUGAAAUCCAAAAACCUUGGUGCUUGUAUCACUGAUGGCAAUGAGUCAUCUGAGAAGGAUAGAUACAGUGCGAUCUUAAUCAUACGACAUCACCUUGCUGAAAGUCUCAAAGACCAAUACCUCACUAUUGAGAAUCCUCUGGAACUUUGGACAGAACUGAAAUCCAGAUAUGAUCACCAGAGGACGGUGCUCUUACCAAAGGCCCUAUAUGAUUGGAGGAACCUAAGGAUCCAAGACUUUAAGUCUGUGGAUGAGUAUAACUCUCUAUUCAAGAUAGUCUCAAAGUUGAAACUUAUUGAUGUCCAUGAUGGACACAAUCAAGUGGCUACAGAGUCUAAAGCACGUCUAAAACGUGGUAGACCAAUUGGUUCCAAAGGUAAAGGACCUCGGAAAUUAAAGAAAGGUGCAAAAGAAACCGAAGUCAUAGAUUGUCCAAACAAGGCCGAAAUGGCCAUGCCUAAGGUACCAACCAAUGAGACUCGGGACGCCAAGCCUCAUGGUACUGAAGGUGCAAAUGAUGAGAUCUCAAUUAAUUAUCUUAUGUCUGGGACAAGAUGGAACCGAAAAGAUGGCGACAUCGAUGAUAUAUUUGCUUAUAAAGUAACCCUUGAUAUGAUGGACUUAAAUGAGGAUCAUCAACCCGCGUCUAUUUUAGAGUGCACUCAAAGAUCAGAUUGA